UACCAUACCCAAACACCCCAACUAUGUUGCUAGCAUCAUUAUUGUACCAUCAUUUGUAUGCGUGCUUCGUACAUUUUUUAUGCGUGUCAACUGUGGAUUUUAUGGAUUUUCGGUCACGUGGAGUGUCAUUCAUGGUGCUGGUUUCAAUUUCCAACUUCAUCAUCACUGGACUUGUAACUUGGAGCUUGUGCACGCGACCCGUUUUACACCCGAAUUUUCUGGUUCUCCUCCAAACUCUUCGAUUAGUUGUGCAGCGCUUGAUUGCAUCUGCAGGCUGCUCAUGCCAAUUUGUUCAGCGACUGAUGCCAGUGGUAGCCACCUCACCACAUCGCGCAUCAACCGAUUGCUGAGACCUUUGCGCAACAAAUGCUUGAGUUUGAGCAAGUUUUUGACCACCGCUCGACAUAGUGCGUCUCGCAGCACGUACUUGUCACAUAAUCAAGAUUGGCCACUUGAAUCCCUUCCACCCCUUGCCCUCCUUCGCCAACCGCCCUCUGCCACUAGUGGGAGGUUAUAUUUCGACAGAGCAGAAGACCUGGAGCUUUCUCGUUUGAUAUACGCAGUUUCUGGUGCUUUUCGAUGUCUCCUUCAGGUCACGCACGGAACAGUGCAAGGGGAGUCAAUCCCCAGCCUGGCAGCUAUGUGCUGCUUCGUAGUCGGAGAGAAUGUUCCGCUCAGUGGCACCGGAACACGUGACGAGGAAGCCGUAGAUGAAGAUGAGCUGAUGAAAACUGUGGAGGACAUCUAUGACACUAUUCCGACCUACUAUCGAAGACAUUCAAUCGCGUCCCAUGCGCUUUUCCUUGUGCUAGCAAUUUGUCCGCAUCACCACACGCUUGUCAGCACUCUUCUGGACAUCUGCUUGUCUUUUGGUCUAGUUCACGAGUCCCGUCGGUUGCUCAGCAUAAUCCUUGAAAUUGCCUUCCAGUCCACGACCUCUCCUCCUCCAAUCACACACCCAGGACAUGUCUCCUACCUUGCCGAUCUUUUCGCUAAAUGGGUAUCCGGGAACAGCGACACUAUGCCUUCCAGUACCCUUCCACUAUUCUCAAUCUCAACGUUCUCGCGAGCGGUUGUAGACACUCUAGCUCAAUCAGACGUCUCUUUAUGGGCAUGCAAAGCGGUCACUAGGUUCUCUCGCAGUGUCGAGGUGAUCGACAUCGACUCGUUUGUUACCCUCCUGGAUUCUCUGGUUGAAACCAUCCAUGAUUGUCACUCGGUGCGGUCCGGAAAGGGGAAGGAGAAGGAAAACCUAGACAUUGUGGCUAUUCGCGACCGCUUGCGUGAUUGGAUGAACAGGCUGUUUGCAGUUACCGCUAGUACCUCUGCAGAACUUGCAGGUGAAUUCCAUCCCGAUAUUGACUCCAUCGUUAUGUUACUCGACCGAUGUCGAAGCUACGAAAUGCACACCCUGAGGCUGGGUGCUUCAUCUCAACCAUCUCAAGAUGAACUACCUGACGCAAUCACGAUACUCGCCACACACCUCCACGUUGCAUAUUCACCGGCGGAUUAUGAUUCACGUCUCUUGCAUUUGCUUCGUGGGGUUUCACCUAUUCCCACAACGUUCACUCGGCUCGUUGAGCAUAUGCAUCGAGGUUCCGCGGAAGAUUUUACGACGUCACUACAACGAUCCUCUUCGGUUUUGCAGAUUCACAAUCUACUCCAGCUGGAUGCUUCCCUGUGGGCUUGCGCCCUUCGUGUCUUCGAGAGCACCCCGAAAGGCACCUCAAAAGACAUUCAGAGAAUCAAGCUUCUCUUGAUUGAUGGUGUGGACGAGGCUGAGCGCCGGUUAUUCGGAGCUGGUCCACCCGAUAGCAGCCCAGCCGUUCGCCUACCAGGACAGAGCAAGAAAUCCUGCGGUGCGCACCAUCGUAGACCGAGUGGGGAAUGGGAAUGGGAGGAAAUGGUUGGCUGCUGGAUCCGCAAGACGCCUGCUCACGUGAAGAAAAAGCGGAAGACUGCACAUGUUGUUUCGCACGAGAGCCCGGUUUUCAUUAAACGUUUGUUGCGCAGAGGCGCUCAUCGAUAUGCGACUCACGGCUCCUCUCGUGACACUGUUCCACGCAAGUCCGUGAGGUCUGCGAUGGGGUCUACCGCAUCCAGGGCUUGCGAUUUUUCCUCACCUUCCUCGCGUGGAAGCAAAAACGUCGCGGGAGAUUCAAAUGAUUGUUCUUGGUGGAGUGGAGAAAAUGAAAAAGAGAAUCUUAUGCCAAGUUCGCCCAUGGCGGAACGUCGACCAGUACUCAAACCGCGCCACUCCAACUUCUCUUCAAUUCUGAUGGAUGCCCAAAAGACUAGGGUUAAUCUACAUGAUCUCAAAUCUCCCACAACCAGCUUGUUGCCCAGCUCCAAACAAUCCAGGCCUUCGUUAUCACGGAAACUAUCUGUUUACCCUCCUGCGGUCGUGUUGGCUUCUGAUGACUCUAUGGACUUGUUCGCGUGCGCAACUUCUCCGCUUAGGACAUAGUUUUUAUUGCUUUGUGACGCUUGUGUAUUACGAUUGAAUAUUCAGACAUG